AUGUCUAAUAAAUUAUUUGUUGAUGGUAUCUGUGAAAUAGAUGAUGAAACAAUUAAAUCUUAUUUUUUACGAUUUGGUUCUCGUAUAACAAACUAUGAAUCACAUCGGCAUCGUCCAACAAAUGCAUGUUGUUUCGCUAUAAUAUCAUUCGUAUCACAUCAUACAAUCGAUGCUAUUCUGAAUGAACGACCACAUUCAAUUAAUCUAUAUCCAUUAUUUGUUAAACGCUUACUUCCACCUGAAGUAUGCUCAUUUAUUGAACGUCUUCUACCUGUAUCAAGUAUACUGGUCUAUGAUAAAAUAAAUAAAGAAUUCGAUGAAGAAUAUUUAAGAGCCUAUUUUGAAGAGUUCGGUAAUAUUUUAAAAUUUGAACGUGAUUUUAUUCGUAAUCGUUUACUUAUUGAAUAUGAUGAUUAUGAUUCUGUUGAUAGAAUAUUUUUAAACAAAGAUUAUUUACCAUAUACUAUUGAUAUACAUAAGAAUAUUUUACCACAAGCACAAAAUACAAUUGAAUAUCAUGGUGUGUGCCGUCGUAAACAACAACAAAAUGUUAUUAAGCAUGAAAAACAGAAAAAAAUAUAUAAUAAGAAACAACACCGUGUUGAUGAUGAAUAUCAAGAUUUAUUACAAAAGACUAUUGAAGAUUUAAUAAAUUGUAAAGCUCAAUUAAAAAGUAAAGAAAAUGAUUAUAUAAUUCUAGAAAUGGAAUAUGCUACAAUAAAAGAAAAAGUUGAUAAAUUAAAUCAAUUUCUUCUUCUCAAUGAUCAAAAUAAAACCAUACAUUCAUGUCUAUCAUGUAAAGAACAUAAAGUGACUAUAGACCGAUUACAACACAGAUUUAUAAAACUUAAUGAACAAUAUGAUAAAAUUAACUCACAAUAUCAACAAUUACUAGAAAUACAAUAUACACCUAUAGCAUUUUCAAAAUCUAAACAUGAUAUUUCAAUAUUACCUCGUCGACAUGUAUUAUCAACUAGACUAAAUAAUAAUAGAAAUUUAAAAACUGAAGCAUCAGAAAAUUGUUUGUCUCAAUCUAAUCUAUCAACAUUUGACUUAAACGAUAUUGCAAUGAAACAAGCAAAUUCUCGAUUACCAACGAUUCGAUCACAUGUUCAACAACAUCAAACAACAUAA